AUGCCCAUUGCUCCGCUGAGGCUCACGAAGGCACCGCUGCGGCCGGCAGCAAGGCGGUGCCAGGGCCUUCUGGGCCUGCUCAAGGGCCGUGACCGCGGCUACAAGUGGAGGGAGCUGUCAGCAGUGUCGGAUGAGCAGCCGCCGCCGCCUCAAGCUGCUGCUGUUGAUGAUGAGAGGAAGUCGCCGUGGCCGUUUGUGUGGCUGUCUACCGCUGCCAUAACGAUCUCCUACGCGGACCGGUCGAACAUUGCGACGGCGAUUAUCCCCAUGGCCGCUGAUUUCGGCUGGUCCGAGAGCGAGAAGGGCAUCAUCUUGUCGAGCUUCCUCAUUGGGUGAGCAAUGAAAUACACACGUGGAUGCAGGUGAGCAAGACAGCCACACGCAUGAAGGCCGGCAUGAGUACCUCAUCUUAAUCAUCUUUCUUUUGUUGGUGGUUGUGUAUGUCUACGUCUACGUACGCCACACAGGUAUGCGAUCACUCAGACGCUGGGAGGCUUCCUCGCCGAUCGCCGUGGCGGGAGGGACGUGCUGACCGCCGGCCUGACGGCCUGGAGCUUCUUCACCGUCCUGACGCCAUUCGCAGCACACAUGGGUGCCAUUCCGCUGCUGUUGUGCAGAGCGGGACUUGGACUCGGCGAGGUGAAAACAUGGGGCAGACAAGGGCGGCGGAUAAGACACCACAUCACACCCUUGUGUCUGUCGUCUGCGCCUGCAUGUGGGAUUCAUUUCAUUCAGGGUGUGGCGUUCCCCGCUGUGCAUUCGAUGAUUGCUGACUACGUCCCGCAGUCACGACAGUCAACGGCAGGUCAGUGAGUGAGCCGAGGAGAAACAAACAAGGGCCGACAAGACAACGAACCAGGCAGCCAGCCGUGAUGAUGAAUGUGGUGUGUGUGUGUGUGUGUGUGUCCAUUUAGUUGGCAUCGUGACGGCUGGUUCUUACCUGGGUGCCUUCCUGGCGUUUCUCAUCAGCCCAUCGCUCAUCGUCUACUUGGACUGGCCCGCCACAUUCUACUUCUUCGGCAUACUCGGACUCUUAUGGCUGCCCUUCUGGCUGCAGUUCGACCCUGAAACACGCCACGCCGCCACACAAACAUCGCUCCAACUCCAACCACCACCACCAAUCCAAAGAGACGCAGCCGACACCCCGAGUGACCGAGACGAUGUGCCUCUGACCAGUGCCGAUGAGGCGGACAGCCCGCGGGAGAGUGUAGGGUCAUCCGUGACAGGAGAAGAGGCCUGCCCUCUGAAUGGGAGGCAGGGAGGCAGUGACAGUGGCGGGGGGAGCGAUGGGGACGGUGAUGAUAAGGAUACGGCUGGAGAGAGGAGGAGGGUUGAGGGUGGGGGUGGGGGUGGAGGGGUGGACUGGGCGCGGCUGGCGUCGCUGUUGGGUCGGCGUGAGGUGUGGGCCAUCAUCCUCUGUCAAUACUGUCAAUCGUGGGGGAUGUUCGGCCUGCUCAACUGGCUACCCACAUUCAUGGAAGAGGUACGUCCCCCGCCACACAAGAGCAGACAGACCUGAUGCAUGUGUUUGCGUGUGUGAGGCAUGGAUGGAUGGAUGGAUGAGUGCAUGUGUGUGUGUGUGUGCAGGUGUAUGAUGUCGCGAUGUCCAAGCAGGCCCUCUUCACGACCGCCCCUUACUUCCUGCAGGGGUCCGUGGGGCUGGCGGCCGGCCGCCUCGCCGACCUGCUCAUCGCUGACAAACAAUGGAGGACAAAAACCGUCAGGCAGCUGCUGCAGGUGGGCGGGUGUCUGUCCGUCUUGACAAUAACGCUGUGUGAGAUGUCCUCUGUGCGCCUGUCUGUGCGACAGACGAUCGGCAUGGUUGGUCCGGCGGUGUUUCUGCUGGCGGCCGUGUACACAGCAACGUCCGACGUCGAAGUGAGAGAACCGAAGAACCAACCAGCGCACUCUGUGUGUACGUCUGGUCUGUGUGGUGGUGCAGGCAGCCGCCUUUAUUGCCGUGGGCACAGGCCUGAGUGCCCUCUCUCUGGGCGCCGUCUCAGUCAACCACCUGGACGUCGCACCCAAAUACGCUGGUAUGCAUGAGAAAGGGAGAUGGGGACACUGCCAACAUAACUUACCCCUCCCUCCCUCCCUCCCUGCUGUCAGGUUUGGUGUUCGGUAUGGGCAACACGGCGGGGAUUCUUGCGGGCGCCCUUGCUGUGCCUGUGAGCGGCUGGGUGCUGGACGUGACGGGCAAGUCAUGGGGGGCCGUCUUCUGGAUCUUCGCGGCUCACUACCUACUCGGAACAAUGGCGUUUCUCGGGUGAGUGAGUGAGCCCCCAGAGAGGGAGGAGGAAUUCUGUGUGUGCGCGUGUGUGCCAGAUUGGUCAGCGACGAGAGAAUCGAUUUGGAAGAGGCUGAUGCACGGACACUAGUGCCGUCAAGGAGAUAGCGAUCAGUGCGGUGUGUCGAUGGUGUUUGUCG